AAUGGUUUGAUCUCCAAGAAAAACCCCAACCAAAGGCAGGUGAGUUGAUUACUGUUCAAACUUUGGCGUUGAGUUGAAAGCGUUUGUUGGCAAAACAUUUGGUUGCCCUUGUUCUUUUGAGUGGAAAUCCCAUUGCCUCGUUUGUUUGUUUGGAAAAAGAAAUCUAAGAGAAUGGUUUAUCACUCUAGUUUUGUUGAUGAGGAAGGAAUUACUAAAGCUUGUGGCUUCCUUUUACUUCCUUUGAAAAGUCAUAUAAGGGGUCCUGCACCUGUUUCAGAUCAAGGUAAAACUGAUAUUGUCGAUGAAGCGAUCACAUUCUUUCGUGCUAAUGUGUUCUUUAGAAACUUCGAUAUUAAGAGCCCCGCGGAUAAACUCCUUAUAUAUCUGACUUUCUACAUAAAUGUGGCUUUGAAGAGGCUUGAGGGUUGUAGGACCUUGGCUGAAGGUACCAAGGCAAUCAUUAACUUGGGAUUGGAAGACGUUCCUGUACCUGGAGAAUCGGGUUUUCCUUUUCCAGGGCUCUUUGUGCUUCCACAGUCUCAAAAGGAAGCAGAACUGCUUAGGAAUUAUCUGAAGCAAAUACGAGAAGAAACAAGCGGGAGACUGCUGAGCGUCGCCUAUAGGCCCAACGGAACUCCAAAUAAAUGGUGGUUAGCUUUCGCGAAAAGAAAAUUCAUGAAUAUAAUUGUUCCAUGAAAAAAAUAUACAAAUGUUGUAUACUCGAUCAAAAAAGCAACAUGUGAAAGCCUCCAUAAGACGAUAUGUUUCGAAAUGCCUGUAACAAAAUGAACUUGUACAUUCGAUCAUAUCGUAUUGAUGGAAAUUAGUAUUGUUUGUUAUCUUGAUUGCUUCAUGGGACAAGGGAGCAAAAGAAAAGGAUCAUUUUAAGCUUUUU